CGACCAAAAAAAAAAAAAAAAAUAGAGAUAAUAACAAAAUGUAAAUUUCCUUUCUUUUUCUUCUGAUUUUUUUUCUUUUCUUUAAAUAUAAUAUUUAUCAUAUAAUGGCAAGUCAUAAUUAUGCAGCGAUAGAAGACCCGGGAAACUCUAGAUUAUCACAGAAUAACACUCCUUCAGUUAUCAAGCGACUCUUCUACUUUAUUCGUCGCCAUUUUUAUCAUUUAUUAACACUGUUUACUAUUGGCAUUAUCAUGAUUCUCUUAUUUGUCUAUACUUUCUUAUUACCUUCUGAUGCAUCUCCAAACCCAUCUUUAGCAGAGGUAAGGCCGGUAGGUAUUUCAUUGGCCACAAUGGAAGAAGGUCGUGCCAAAUGUCGCGCCCUUCUUCAAAAACAGGAAUAUCCAUCUAGUUACGAAAAUCUUCGUGCUGAUCCUAACCAACCACCUAUCUUGUUAAAAAAUGCUAUUGUUUGGGAUGGUCAGGGUAAUAUUCUAGCCAAUGUCGAUCUCUAUUUAAAGAAAGGUUUAAUUGAACGUAUAGAAAAGGAGAUUUCAUUGGAGACACUCAUAGAUAAAGAUAAGAUUAAAGUGAUUGAUGUAGCUGGACAUAUUGUAACUCCUGGUAUUGUCGAUAUGCAUAGUCACUUGGGUGUUGAUUCUUGGCCUGAAUUAGAUGGAACAGAUGAUACAAAUGAAAUGACACAACCUUUAACCCCUUUUGUUCGUACUUUAGAUGCCUUUAAUCCUUCUGAUAAGGCUAUUCGUAUUGUAGCUUCUGGUGGUGUCACGACUACUUUAGUACUACCUGGUUCUGGUAAUUUAAUGGGUGGUGAGGCCUUUGCGUUCAAGUUGAGACCGAUGGUCAGUACUGAAGAUAUGCUUGUUCAGGCUAAAUUAAAUCCCGAUGAUCCAUACAAGAGAAGAUGGAUGAAAAUGGCUUGUGGUGAAAACCCAAAGAAUCUCACGGUCUUUUUUUUUUCCCCUUUUUCUUUUCUUUUAGGUCUUGGUGAAGCCUUUCUCUUCCGUAAUGAAUUUGCAAAAGCUCAAGCACUUAAGCGUCAACAAGAUGAUUGGUGUCAAUCUGCAUUUGAUAAUAAUAAUAAUAAUCAACAAUCUCUUUUGGACCAACCUUUCCCAGAGGAUCUUCAACUCGAAUCUUUAGUAGCUUUAUUACGUCACCAAGUACUUCUUAAUGUUCAUUGUUAUGAAACACAUGAUAUUGAGGCCAUGGUUCGACAUGCACUCGAAUUUAAUUUUACUAUAGCUGCAUUUCAUCACGCCCUUGAAGCUUAUCGUAUACCACAGAUCUUACGUCGAUUAUCACCUCAUAAGGUGCCAACCGUAGCGACUUUCGCAGAUCAUUGGGGGUAUAAAAAGGAAGCCUUUGGUGGUAAUCCAAGGGCUCCUGAGAUCUUGUGGAGGGCCUCUAUACCUGUUGCCCUCAAGAGUGAUCAUCCUGUACUUAAUUCUCAAAGAUUGAUGUUUGAGGCUGCCAAGGCAGCUCAUUAUGGAUUACCUGCUCAAGAGGCCCUAAAGGCUGUGACAUCGACCCCCGCCAAUGCUUUAGGGUUAGGACAUCGCUUAGGUUCUAUCAAGAGAGGUUAUGAUGCUGAUCUUGUUAUCUGGGAUCGUGAUCCAUUGACAUUGGGUGCGUCCCCCUUGCAAGUCCUUGUAGAUGGCGUCCCCCUAUUUGAGGAUCGUCCAAUAACAGACCUCAUCAUGAAAACAACGCCCCAUCAUGAAAAUAGUCGAGUAGUCAAUGUCAUAAAAGGAGGAGAUUCAACCGAUUUUAUAUUAAAAAAUGUGGGAUAUUAUCAUGCAUUGAAAUCAAAGGAGCCUAUCGAUAUUGUUGUUAAGAAUGGUUCUAUUGUGUGUGCUGCAGUUGACUGUAUGGAAACAUCCGAUAAUAUGAUUCCAAAAUAUGAUAUACAAGGUGGAUAUGUUCUCCCUGGUUUUAUUGGAGUAGGAUCUAAGUUAGGCUUAGUUGAAAUAAGUGCAGAAGCAAGUACAAGUGAUGGACGUAUGCAUUCUACACUAUCAAUGGACCCUAAAUCGAUCCCUCAAACUGUGGAUGGUAUUAAAUUCAGCACACGCCAUCUUGAAGAGGCCUAUCGAGGUGGUGUCUUAACAGCCAUCACGACUCCACUUUCUGAUCAUGUUGUCAUGGGUGUUUCAGCUGCCUUCAAGACAGGUGCCUCUUCUUUACUUCAAGAGGGUGCCCUCAUAUCCCCUGCCGUUGCUUUGCAUUUUCAAAUUGGUCAUCAUCUCAAAUCGUCUGCUUUCCCUACUAUCUCUAGUCAAAUCAGUUAUAUUCGACACCUCUUGAUGACGUAUAUGAAAGCAGAUAAUGUAUAUGGACAAGCAGCACGUGGUGAGAUACCUACGGUUAUUGUAGCUCAUAACAAGGAUGAGAUUGCAUCCCUAAUCAUCCUCAAGAGAGAUCAUGUACCCAAGAUGCGAUUGAUUAUUCAAGGUGGUGCAGAGGCUCAUCUGGUUGCUAAACAUCUAGCUGAAUUUGAUAUCGGUGUCGUACUUUGGCCUAGCCUUUGUACACCAGCUAGAUUUGAUUCAAGACAUUGUUUAACAGGUUCCCCCUUAACGAAUGGUACAGCAGCUCAUGUUUUACAUCAAAAUGGAGUUCGUGUCGCCAUUGGCAUCAGUGACGAUGGUUGGGCACGUAACUUGGCAUGGGAUGCAGGUUGGCUUGCAAAGACAGGAUAUGGUAUUAAUGAAACAGAUGCCAUUGACUUUAUUACUACUAACAUUCAAGCACUUUAUGGUCUUUUCUUCUCUUCAUCAUUAGUUGAUGAGUUUAUCGUUUAUGAUAAAAGUCCAUUUGAUAUGAACAGUCGUAUCCUUAUGAUUCAUAGUAAAUAAAAUUUGGGCCAAUAAUUUAUUUCCAACAAUAAAUUAAAUAAAGGUCCGAUAAAUUAAAUCGCAUACAAACAAUACGCACUAUAUGAAGAUACAUUUUUUUUUUUUUU